AUGCUUUCUGAAGACAGCAUUGAAAACUUAAAGUCCUUCUUUAUAGCAACAGCUGAUCAUGAGCUUGCUAUCGAGAAGCAGAGACAGUACCUCGCUAGGCUAGGAUGUACAGAUGGAAGCCAAGAAGUCGCAGAUGGAGAAUUUGAGCCAUAUGCAACCUUUGUUAGGUUAGAUAGAGAAAAUAAAGGCUAUUUGAGCCCAAAAGACUUUUACAAUUUCAUGCAAGAAAAUGGAUUUGAUCAUGUAACUAUGAAGGACUGACAAUACUUAGUAAAAUACUUUGAUUCUGAUGAAGAUGGGGUCUUGAACUAUACUGACUAUAUGCAAUUGGUGAUUACUUGUGAUGAUACAUACUUGAGAGCUGUAGUUACUCAAAGAGAUCCUUAUGGGGUAAAUCCUGAUGAAUACCUCUCACCCAUACUUGAAAGAGAACUAGCUAUCUUGUUCGAGAAGGAAUUUGCAUACCAUCGAGAAAUUUCAAUAAUUUGAUCCAGAACUAAGGAAACUCCUGGGUUUUCGUAUGAUAAGGCCUUCAUAGAGAUAUGAAACUACGGGUAUUCAGAUGAAGAUGGCUAUGAAUCCAUCGACCACACUAGCAUUGAUAAUUUCCUUAGGAAAAAUGGCUUCGCCUCAACAGAGGAAGAGCUCACAGCUAUAGUAAGAAGGAUAGAUGUCUCUGCAGAUGGAAGAUGCUCGUAUAAUGAAUUUGAAGAGUCGUUGAAACCUGUAGUGUUAGAUGAACCAUCGGAGUACGAAUCUGCUCCAAAAUUAUCAAAUCCAAGCAGGGUAAAAAUUGAAAACCUGAGGGCAGGUGGUUAUAUGUUCCCAGCAGAGACAUCACAUGAUAGUAGGGGAAAAGAAAGUACUUAUGCAUUCAAAGACUCAAACUUUUCCAAGAAAUAUCUUCCAGAAGAACUACCAAUCUCGAGCAGUUAUUAUAAGAAUAGGUUUAGUGACUAAAAUCCAUAAU